AGCUGCUCGGUGCGCUGUCCACUUCAGCACCACAAGCCGAGCGGAGGCAGCGGGGCUAGCUAGCGCCGAAGACACGGCUCAGCAUCAGCACCAGCGCACGACGAGCCUCCCAGAUACCGAAAAUACUGACAAAUACGCACUGAUCACAACGAGAGACGCCGACGGCAACGAGGCGAAGCAAAGAGUUCGCUAACCAUGUACGAUGCAGCGAGGGUGCCGUCUCCUAAGGACGGUGCCAAUGGGAUGGCCCAGCCGGUGGUCUCCGGGGCGGGGGCAGGAACAGCCGCGGGACCAGAAGGGCCCGCGGCGGCUGCAGUGCUCCAGGCUAAGGCCGAGGGCCUGCAGCCAGGUAUGGAGGAGGAGGAGGAGGAGGAGGAGCCCAAAGCAGAGCCCGUCCUGGUGAAGAAGCCACACAGAGAGAUUCUGGACCAUGAACGGAAGAGGAGGGUGGAACUCAAGUGCAUGGAGCUGCAGGAGAUGAUGGAGGAGCAGGGGUACACUGAAGAAGAGAUACGGCAGAAGGUCAGCACGUUCAGACAAAUGCUGAUGGACAAAGAGGGAGUCAUCACCAGAGAGGGCUCAAACUCGCAACCAGUCGCCAACCAUCUGCACUAUCAUCCUGACGAGUACGAAGAAAACCCUGAACUGGCUGGUUAUGAAGACGCUGACUAUGACCAUGAUUACCACAGUGACAGCAGAGUGAAGAGGAAAUCAAGCAGCUCUCCAUCCCCCCGUCCGAAGAAAAGGAAGAAGAAGAAAUCUGGCCGUCGCAGGAGUCGGUUUGGCAGCUCGUCACCCACACGCAGAGAGAAGAAGAAGAAGAGUGGGAAGAAACACAAGAGAGACAGAUCGGGAUCUGCCUCCAGGAAGAAGCGGAGAUACAGGUCUGGCAGCCCCAAGAACAAACACAAAGACAAGAACAAGCAGAAAAAGAGGUCCCCCGCUGAGACCCCCGGCAGGAACUCACAACACCAAGGCAGCUGCUGCAGCUCCCGCAGCGCCUCGCUGUCCUCCACUCGGAGCGCCUCCAAGUCCCCCAGCAGACUGAACAAGCACAAGGCCUCCGGCGCCCUGCUGCCUCCGGGCCCCGACAGCCCCGCUGCCUGGCACAACGGGGACCAGGCCCAGCGAAGUCGCAACGGCAAGGCCGGCAUACUCAACCACGCCGCUGAGAAAGGCCACGAUAAGGUCCAUCUGCUGACUGCGAGCUCCGCAAGCAUCCAGUCCACUCUGCUGAAAGAGCACAAGCUCCACAGCGCCCCCAGCAGGUGCCAGCCGGGACCCACGGGCGCUGCCGGAGAGCCUGGCAGCGGGGACGACAGGACCUCGGGUGUGGGGGGCUCGGCGUCCCACGCCUCCGGGAGGAGAGGGAGACAGAGGAGUCAGGUCAAAAACGCCCACUCCCCCGCUCACAGCAGCGACUCGGCCCACUCCCAGCACAACCACACGCACCGAGGGCGAGCGUCUCGUCACCAGAGGAAGACGAAAGGUGGCCACUCCUCCAAGCGUCACCACCACUCGAGCCGGGGUAAAGCGCACCACCGGAGCCCGUCCGCGUCUCCGGGGCGACACUCGCACGCAUCCGGCAGGAAGAAGGAGGAAUCGCGCGCCAAAGCCAACUUGCGCCAGCGCAGCAGCUCCUGGAGCAGCGGCCAUUCGUCCUCACACACCGCAUCGAGAGACAGAGGCCCCAGCAAGGCCAAGUCCCCGCACAACAAGCAGAACAACUCCAGAGAGAGGGACAGCGCCAACCGCUCGGACACGGACAGCCGCGCUCGCCGCCGCUCGCGCAGCUACUCGCCCAUACGCAAAAGGAGGAGAGAUUCCCCCAGCUUCAUGGAGGCGCGCAGGAUCACCAGCGCUCGGAAGCGCCCCAUCCCCUACUACCGGCCCAGCCCGUCCUCGUCCAGCUACGACAGCAGCCCGUCGCGGUCCAGCCGCAGCCGCAGCUACAGCAGCUACAGCCACAGCCGCAGUCACAGCCGCAGCCGCAGCCGCAGCCGCAGCUGGAGCCGCAGCCCGAGCAGGAGCUGGAGCCGCAGCCGCUCCCGCAGCCACCACAGCUACUACAGCCGCAGCAGCUAUGACAGCCCCGGCUUCUGAGCAGUCCUAAAGCUGCGUCUCACUCAGCAGCACUCACGCUGCUCUACAGUCCUGCGCUCAAAUGCCUCAAUUUGUGACCAUCAUCCCUGUCUAUUGUAGAGCCUGGAUCAAAGAGGAGGAAUGUACUUUGAAUUGACACAUUACUGGGAACUUGGCCGUCUCCAUCAACGUCUUCACAUAUCUGAGGUACUCCAGAAAACCGGCCACUGCUGGUCAACAAUGACUCUUGUGGAUCCUAAAGAUCAAAUCUUGCUGUAUAUUUAGCACUUUCCUUCUCUUCCGCCACAAAACAACCAAAAAUGAAUUCAAAACUAUGUAUGAUAUAACUACGUAUAUAAAUAUAUCCUCAAAAUGGGAGCAAAGAAGAACACGAAAGGAGAACGCGCCGACGGCUCGCUGUACGUUUCUGAGACCUUCCUUUUCUCUUAUCAUGUUUUCAUCUCCCUCAAGACGUCAUUUCACCCGAGCGCAGAUCAACAGAAGCGAGAACAAAGGGAGAUGUCUGCAGAAGAAAUGGGACGCGGGGAAAAAAGGAACUUUUUAUAUGAUAAACUUGUAUUGUAUAGGUCUGUGGGUCUAGAUAUAAACUCCUUUAUGUUCUGGCUUUGUAAACUAUGCACUGUAUAGUCCAUAUAGUCUGAGGAGGUUUGUUGAGCAUGAUGCAUCGGGACAGGCUUGCUGCUCGUAGGAGAGUACCUGGUGGAUGUGAGGGUUGCCAGGGUGCAUCUGUGCUACCCUCUGACCUCUGACCUAUACAGUAUGUCAGACACCUGCAGAAUGGGACGAGGUGACAAAAUCUGUGUAUUAUGUACUUUUACUCUCUUCCCUGUUAAGAUAAUUUUGUUGAGUCUGCUAGUGUGCGUGUGUGUGUGCAUGUGUGCGUGCAUGUGUGUGUGCGUGUGUGUGUGCAUGUGUGUACACGUCCCCUGCAGCUUGCCUCUGCCGUAACGCUGCUGGGAGGUGCUGUACAGAGAAAACCUGCAAAAUGUUGUUUUGACCACUGCUAUUUAUGGAUCUAUAGUAUUUAUGAGUUAGUUUAUUUAUUUGUUUAUUUAUUAUGGAUUUAUUUAUGAGUGUUGUUUUGCCAUGAGCUGUAAAGCAGUCGGAACAGGCUUUAGAGGUGUUAUGGCCACAUUCCCAUUGGAACGUGUAUAUGAUCCACCCCCUUUUACACCCUAUCACUUUCAUAGCAGUGCGUAGAUUCACUGCAGUGUUUUGAACACACUCUGAUUUCCCCCGUUGGAACCGAGUUGCCGCCCACAGUCACUCCUACGAUUGCCAUCGAGCUGGUUUAUUUGAGAACCCUUCAUAAUGGCUCUGUGCAUCUGAAGGUGCCUGAACGUGGUUCCGUGCACACAGUCUUGGUUGGCAUCUUCACAGUGCAGGAUCAUACCCUGUGUGAUGUAGGCGAACAACGCAGAUUCUGUAAUGCCUCCUCUCGUCUCUGUCCUCAGUAGUGCAGUGAACAAACUGGCGAUACAAUCAGGGAUCCACCCUAAGUCUUCCUUCCCAUUCGUCCAGUCCUGUCUCACCAACACCCUGUUGCAUUCCCAGUGUAACCAGACUAUUACACCCAGCACAUUUGUUAAUUUAUUCCAAAUAUUGCAUCACCCCUUUGGUUCUAGUCAUUCUUUGUAAUGUACAAGUUAUUAUACCUGACAAUAAAAAGAAGCAAAUGGGGAAAGGA